AUGGGAUCAACACACGCUACUAGGACGUCGCAUCUAGGGAUCCCGUGGAAGGCUACUCUGGCUUUUCUAAUUGUCAAUGGCCACUGGGCUCUUCCUCCUGCAAGAUCCGAAAAUCAGGUCAAUGUCGCUUCCUAUUUAACUACUAUUGAUCUGCAGGAUCAAGAAGAUGAUUACGAAUGGCGGAUUGGCAACAACUCUUCAGCUAACUACAUGACCCGUCAAGUUUACCAGGAGCUAAGGGGAGCUCAUCCGACAGUCAGUUGGAGCUCAGCUGUAUGGAUAAAACGAGGAAUCCCAAGGCAAUGUUUCCUCACCUUGCUCUUUGUGCUCAAUAGAUGUCCAACUAGAGACAGGAUGAUCGGUUGGGGUUUGCAAACACCUCCGACUUGUCUUCUCUGUAACUUGGGAAUUGAAACUAGAAACCACUUGCUGUUCGCUUGUCCCUUCAGCUUUGGAGUCUGGAAUGCGAUCGCUGCUCGGUGCUCCCUGGCUGCGACUCCUGACUGGACUUCCACUCUGAUUCGCAUGCAAACACUUCCUAUCAAGAGUUUAACUUCUCAGCUCUCUCUCUGGUGCUGGCAGGCAACGAUCUACUCGAUUUGGACUGAGAGAAACUCAAGGCUCCACAGAAACACCUUUCGAUCUCAAGACUCCCUGAUCAAGCAAAUUGAUCUUCAAAUCCGUAACAAGAUCUCUUCGCUUAGACCUUUCUCUCCUCGACUCUCCUCUUCCCUCCUACAGCUCUGGUUCUCCACAGAGUAA